UUUACCGCAGAACACAGCAGGAAGGUGAGCCCCUGCCGGAACAUGUUGCCGAACUUCGCAAGUUGUCUCAGACCUGCCAGUUUGGAGCCAGUUUAGACGAAGCGCUGCGGGAUCGUUUCGUGUGCGGACUGCUCCGUGAGGACGUGCAGCGAGCACUUUUUACCGAGGGCGACACAUUGACGUUCUCGAGAGCAGUGGACCGCGCGCUGGCCAUGGAAGCAGCCCGGAAGAAUGUCGCCGAGACUCGAGUCGUGGAAUCAUUGGCCACACAGCUGCACAAAGUUGAAGACGACAAUAGAGAGGCACAUGCUGAUCUGUACGAGGUGCAAGCGAGAGCUGGUAAGCCGCUACUAGUUUGUUACCGCUGCGGUUCCCCGAGCCACACUCAUGCAGUAUGCCCUCACAUUAACGAUACCUGUUUUAAGUGUUCGAAGAAAGGACACAUUCAAAGAGCCUGUCGGAGCAGCAACAGGCAAUCUCAUGAUGGGUAUAAGAAAAAACGGAGCCUGAAAACGCUAAAAGUUGUGGCACAGGAGCCGACUAUCAGCAUUUCCAAACAAGGGGCUGCCAGCCGCGCUCCCAUUUUUGUUAAACUAAAUAUAAAUGAUGCACCGGUAGAAAUGGAACUCGACACGGGAGCUGCAAUGUCAAUCAUGCCAUUCAAGCAGUUCAAGAAGCGGCUUCCUUCUACCAGCUGCCGAUCAACUGACGUCACCCUACGCACCUAUACCGGAGCUCUCGUCCGACCUUGUGGCGUCGCGGUUGUCAACGUGCAGCAUAGUGGACGGACGGCGCAGCUGCCACUCUACCUCGUCGACCAAGCAGGACCACCACUGCUAGGACGAGAAUGGCUACACACACUACGUCUGGACUGGGACAGUAUUUGGGGUCUGAACUACAUCUCAAGGUCAGUGUUUGACUCGUCUUCUCGAACGAAGGAAAGGCUCGAUUCCUUGCUAGCCAAGUACGAAACUCUGUUCAAUGAUGAGUUAGGUGCUAUCACAGACGAACGGGCCGAGCUGUUUUUCAAACCAGACCACCGGCCGAAGUUCCUAAAAGCAAGGAAUGUGCCGUUCGCAUUGCAGUCAGCUGUAGAAGCCGAGAUAGCAAAAUUGGUUGAACUAGGAAUUCUCACGCCAGUGAAUACAGCGGAGUAUGCCACGCCCGUAGUGCCCGUGAUAAAGAAAGAUGGCAGCAUACGCCUAUGUGGGGAUUAUAAGACGACGAUAAACCCCUCACUUGACAUCACACACUACCCGCUGCCUAAGAUAGAUGAUCUACUGGCAGCGCUGGCCGGGGGGCUACAUUUUACGAAGAUCGAUCUGAACAGGGCAUACCAGCAGGUAUUCAUGGCGGAAGAGUCAAAGAAGUACAUGACAUUAAACACGCAGAAAGGUCUGUUUACAGUUAACAGGCUACCUUUAGGAAUUGCGUCGGCGCCAGGUAUUUUUCAGAAAAUAAUGGACACAAUGCUGAAGGGCCUGAGCGGAGUGUGCUGUUAUCUCGAUGACAUUCUAGUCACGGGAAAAACCACUGAAGAACAUUUGAUAAACCUAGAAGCUCUCCUGAAACGUCUGUCAGAGCGAGGUGUCAGGGUGAAAAAAGAAAAAUGUGCGUUUUUUCAAAACGAGCUCUGCUACCUGGGGCACAAAACAAGUGCGGAAGGAAUCGCUGCGUCACCGGACAAAAUUGAGGCAGUUAUUGAGGCUGCUGCACCGACAACAAAGCAGCAACUGCAGUCCUUCCUAGGUGUCGUCAACUAUUACGGGAAGUUCGUACCUAAUUUGUCAACUGUUGCUAACCCCUUGUACCGGCUUUUGCAGAAAGACACUUCGUGGUGCUGGGACGACCGCUGCCACGCAGCGUUCGAGCAAAUCAAAACAAUGUUAUCAUCACCACAGGUGCUGGCCCAUUACGACCCGGAUAGACCGUUGAAGCUGGCCUGUGACGCAUCGCAGUACGGAGUAGGUGCCGUACUUUCCCACGUUUUCGAGGACGGAUGCUUGGAGUGGCGGCGUCACAAGAACCAGUUGCUUCAAAGCACGACCGUGCCUGCGGAAAACGUCGUUCAAGACGACGAGUUCUCCGUGGGGCCACACAGCGACCUCGGAUCGGGAUCAGCUGCGGAAAACUCCGUUGAAGGCGAUGGGUUCGCCGUGGGGCCACACAGCGACCCCGGAUCGGGACAAGCCUUUUCAGUACCACCAGCUAGUGUUUCUCUCUCACCACCGACGUUUUCACCACCCAACAAGAACCAUGAUAAAGGAAAUGCUACAGAUGCUACAAGCAGAUAA